AUGAUCGCCAGAGGAAAGGCCCUCCAAAUGGCCAUAACGGCAUUUGCCGCUUAUGUUCUCUUUACACUACUUUUCAAAAAAUUUGGAGACAAAGCAUGGCCCGAGUCACUACCUACUCUCUCUCACAGCUCUAUGAGCGAUAGCGGCUAUGAACAUAUUCAGAAUCGCACUCUUGGGUUUGAGCAUAUAUAUGCCAUUAGCAUGAAAGAGCGGACGGAUAAGCGCGAUUUCCUGACCCUGGCAGCUUCAGUGUCGGGCUUCAUGGUCGAAUGGCUUGAUGGAGUGCGACCGGAUGAACUACAUCCCAAAGCCAUGCCCGAUGGAUUGAAUAACUCAUCCGUGAAGCCCACUGCUAUCGCAUGUUGGCGUGCUCACAUGAAUGCCUUGGUCAGUGUGGUACGCAACGACUACUCCACAGCUCUGAUUCUCGAAGACGACGCAGACUGGGACGUGAACCUCAAGUCCCAACUCCGUGAAUUCGCCCGCGGGCUACACGCGUUGAAAGGAAUCAACCAAGUAUCCAAGGAAGCUCCCUACGGAACCGACUGGGAUCUCUUGUGGAUAGGCGGAUGUGCCUCGGGCCCGAACGCGAACGAAACGAACUUCUACGCUAUCCCCAUGGAUCCCACGGUCCCCAGUGUACACAAUCGAGGCACCUGGGGCGGACCCACUGAUAAGUGGAAGCAACAAUAUCCCGAAUUGGCCGAGGACUCGACGCGAUUUAUCUACCAAGCUGAGAUGGGCUGUUGCAUGUUCGGGUAUGCGGUUACCAACAGGGGUGCGAGGAAAAUAGUUUCUGCUCUUUCUCUCGAUCACUUGGACAGCCCGGUUGACAAUGCGCUGAAUGAUUUGUGUGCGGGAAUUAACGGCCGUCGGAAGAUCGAGUGCUGGGCGCCGUUUCCCAAUUUAAUUGGGACUUAUCGGAAGGCUGGCUCUUCUGCUCGGGACUCAGAUAUUGAGAGCUAUGAUGAUACUGAUUAUCACGGGGAGCAGUCGUGGAAUAUAGUUUAUAGCACCAGGCAGAAUAUUAGGGAAUUGGUUGCUGGGGAGGAGAUUGUUUACUCGCAAUGGAAAGAGGAGGAUGUGCCGUGGUCGGGUAAAGAGAUCAAGCAUAAGGAGUUUGUCUAUCCUGUUGGACAUCUUGUCAAUUAA